CUGGGUCGCCAGUUGCUCGAUCUCGAAGCGUGUGCCUUUCCUUGGCGCAAACGUAUGUCGACGUCGACUUCGCGCAGGGACAAAAAGAAACUGAGGGGAAAAAAAUUGCGAUCGUCGCGUCGCUCGGCCCACAGAGGCCUCUUUGUUCGCCCAGUGGGAGGGGACGUCGCGAAACCGCCUGUGCGGCAGGCAGUGCUCUUACACAUACGUUUUGCUUCGUACUAUAUCCACUGUGCAACCACCUCGUGUUCUCAGGCUCGCGAUCGUCCGCGAGCUACUCCGACGAGGCGGGUUGAAAGAACACGACAUCGCGACCGGACCUUGACCGUUUCCGUCAUUCCCAGCUGGUGACCCAUCCAGUGGAAGAGUGACAGAUAGCGAGUGAAAAGUAGCAGCCUGAGCAGCCACCACCGUAGCCAGCAGGAUGACUGCAGGGCCAUACAACUACUCCUACAUCUUCAAGUACAUCAUAAUUGGUGACAUGGGCGUGGGCAAGUCAUGCCUGCUGCACCAGUUUACCGAAAAGAAGUUUAUGGCUGACUGCCCACAUACCAUUGGUGUUGAGUUCGGCACGCGCAUCAUCGAGGUGUGCGGUCAGAAGAUCAAGCUCCAGAUUUGGGACACGGCUGGCCAGGAGCGCUUUCGUGCUGUCACCCGCUCCUACUACCGCGGCGCUGCUGGAGCACUCAUGGUCUACGACAUCACCAGGCGCAGCACGUACAACCAUCUCAGCAGCUGGCUAACUGAUGCAAGGAACCUCACCAACCCAAACACAGUCAUCUUCUUGAUUGGCAACAAAUGUGAUCUUGAAGCUCAGAGAGAUGUCACAUAUGACGAGGCAAAGCAGUUCGCUGAUGAAAAUGGUCUAAUGUUUGUGGAGGCUAGUGCAAAAACGGGUGAGCAUGUUGAGGAGGCCUUCCUCGAGACUGCUAAGAAGAUCUUCCAAAAUAUUCAGGAUGGCAGCCUGGACCUGAAUGCAGCCGAGUCUGGCGUGCAGCACAAGCCCCAGACACGGACCACGACAAGCCUUACGAGUGAGGCUACCACAGACAAGGAGACCUGUGGCUGUUAGGAACCCCUGCUUCUCCCCUCCCCCCCUUCCGGUGUGCGACGACUUCUACGCAGUCCAGGGCUGCCUUUCAACCACGGGAGGACAAGGGAAGCAGAGGAGUGAAGGUGGACGGAGGCGCUGCUCUGAACGGGACUGCUACUACCAAGGGGGAAAAGAGGGAGGAGCCUAGAAGAAAGGGGGGGGGAGCAGGGCAGGACUUGAGGAAGCAUCGGACAUACACAAACAACACACACGGGUCUCUCCUCGUGUAGUGAGGGCAGCGGCAGUGACCAGACAGAGGAGGGAGGAUGGCAGCCUGCCGGCCCCCUGUAUUUUCUUUAGUCUCAUUCCCUUACUCCCCACUGUCAUAACAGGUCCCAGUACUGCUGCUGCCACUGCUUAACUCUGUUCUUGCCCUCAGUCUCUCACACAGCUCUCUCCUUUCUCUUUUUCUUUUUUUAUGCCUCGUUCAUUAUUUUUGGUGUGUGUUUGUAUGUAUGUGUGUGCGCGUGCGCUCACAUGUUUCAGGGGCGGAGAAAUAAAUGUGUGGUUUCUUUUCCCUGUG